CUACAUUCCCUGGAACCUGCACGAGCCAGAAAGGGGCAAAUUUGACUUCUCUGGAAACUUGGACCUGAAGGCCUUUGUGAUGAUUGCAGAGGAGCUCGGCCUAUGGGUGAUUCUGCGUCCAGGCCCCUACAUCUGUGCUGAAGUUGACCUUGGGGGCUUGCCCAGCUGGCUACUGCAGGAUCCCAAGUCCCGAAUUAGGACAACUGACAAAGGCUUUGUUGAAUCAGUGGACAGAUAUUUUGAUCUUCUGGUCCCCAUAAUGGUUCCUCUCCAGUACCACCAUGGAGGCCCUGUCAUUGCAUUCCAAGUGGAGAAUGAAUAUGGUGCAUUUAACAAGGAUGAAAAAUACAUGCCUUAUAUCAAAGAGGCCCUGCUGAAAAGAGGGAUUGUGGAGCUGCUUUUGACCUCUGAUUUGAUGAAUAAUGUGCGGAAAGGUCACCUUAAAGGAGCCUUGGUCACAGUCAAUCAAAGAAGACUGUGUCAGAGAAUGUUUAAAUUGCUGCAUCAAGUACAGGGAAACAUGCCCAUUCUAAUUAUGGAAUUCUGGAUUGGUUGGUUUGAUUUUUGGGGUUUCCCCCAUGUGACUAAAAACCCACAUAUUAUUGAAUACAUUGCAUCUGAAUUUAUCCAGUACGGGCUGUCUUUCAAUGUAUACAUGUUUCAUGGUGGAACCAAUUUUGGUUUCCUGAGUGGGGGUGCAUAUAUCAACAAGAUGCACAGGACUGUAGUGACUAGUUAUGACUGUGAUGCUCUGUUGACAGAGGCUGGAGAUUACACAGAAAAAUAUUUCAGGUUUCGAAGACUCCUUGGAUCCCUCUCAGAAAUUCCCUUGCCCCCGCUACCUGAUCCUACUCCCAAGUCUGUGUAUCCUGCUGUGAGUAUAUUACACUAUUUGCCACUGUGGGAAACCCUGCAUUACUUAAAUGAGCCAUUCAAGUUGAAUCUUCCAGUCAACAUGGAAAAUCUUCCUAUAAAUAAUGGAAGUGGACAGUCCUUUGGAUUCAUCCUCUAUGAGACUAAAAUCUGCUCUGGAGGCCUUCUGCAUGUCCAUGUUAAUGAUAUUGGAGAGGUUUUUCUUAACGACACAGUACUAGCAUCUAUUAAUAGUGAGCUUAAGAAUGUGGACAUUCCAGCCUUCAUGGGUUGUCAACUUCUCAGGAUCCUUGUGGAGAAUCAAGGACGGGUGACUUUUUCAGACAAAAUGCAAACUGAGCAGAAAGCACAGGAAGGAAUAACUGAAACUAUUACUCUCAAUGGAGUGAUUCUGAAGGGCUUUAAUAUCUACUGCUUGGAAAUGAAAAUGAACUUCUUUGAGAGAUCAAAACCAGAACACGUGAACACUUUCCCAGCCUUACAAGUGGAUAGCAUGGGCAAAGUAACGGGGUCAUCACACUUGCCAAAUCGGUCCAUUAGUAGGAAGCUGGGUCCAAAGAAGAGCAGCCGGAACGUCAAAGGAACAGCUCAAUGUAUGCCUGAUCUGCUGCACUACAGCAUUGACGAUGAACUAAACCUUUAA